AAUGAAUUAAAAUUAACAUGAGGAAGGUACUAUUUUUAUAUUCAAAAAUAGCUUCAUAAAAGCAAACCAUUAUUCUAUGCACAGGAAAUGUAAUAAUCUUAUUCUAAUUAAGAAAAAUAAACUCAAGGAAUUUAUUCAAAUUAUGGGGGAUAGAUUUCAUAUUGAUUCUGAACCUGUAGAUUGUAAAUUCUUAUUCUUAUAUAUUAGUACCUGAAUUAUAAGGACCCCCUCUAUAAAUAGCAAAAGAAAAAGCCUUAUUAGCUUAUGAAAAAAUAGGAAAAGCCUGUGUUACAGAGGAUACUUCAUUAUGUUUCAAUGCUCUAAAUGGAAUGCCUGGUCCUUAUGUGUAAACAUAAUUAAUGAUAUUUAAAUAGGAAAUGGUUUUUAGAAGCUGCAGGACCUGAAGGUUUAAGCAAAAUUUUAGAUGGAUUUGAAGACAAGACAGGUUAUGCUCAAUGCAUUUUAUCUUAUAUGGGACCAGAAUUAAAGGAACCAAUUUAAUUUGUCGGUUAAACUUAAGGAGUUAUUGUAAGACCAAGAGGACCUGGACAUUUUGGUUGGGAUCCUAUCUUUUAACCAGAUGGAUAUACAGAAACGUAAAGAUAUUCUAAAAUAUUUAAGAUAUGCAGAAAUGGAUAAAGAUGUGAAGAAUAAAAUAUCUCAUAGACUUAAGGCAAUCCAAAAAUUCAUUGAUCAUUUUCUUGUAAAUUGAGUGGU